GUCAGUAAAGUUUUUGCUGACCCAGAUCCAAACUUCCAUAUUUAUUUAGCUUUCGGUCAAUCAAAUAUGGAAGGUCAAGGUCCAAUUGAAGAACAAGAUUUAGUUCCAGAACCACGUUUCAAAAUGCUUAACACUUUUGAUGGAUGUACUGGUCAUGAAUUCACCCGUAAGCUCGGUGAAUGGUAUGAUGCUCUUCCACCAAUUGCUAACUGUCACGGUCACUUAGGUCCAGCCGAUUACUUCGGUCGUACUUUAGUUAAGAAGUUACCAGAAGAAGUUAAGGUUGGUGUUGCCGUUGUUGCCGUUGCUGGUUGUGAUAUUAAGCUUUUUGAAAAGGACAACUACAAGGAUUACCCACUUGCUGAUUAUAUGGAAGACAGAGUUAGAGGAUAUGGUGGUAACCCAUACGGACGUUUAAUUGAAAUGGGUAAGAAGGCUCAAGAAGUUGGUGUCAUCAAGGGUAUUCUUUUCCACCAAGGUGAAACUAACAAUGGACAAGAAUCAUGGCUUGGUCGUGUUAAGGCCGUCUAUGAAAACAUUCUUGAAGAUUUAGACUUAAAGGCUGAAGACACUCCAUUCAUUGCUGGUGAAGUCGUUCGUGAAGAAUACAACGGUCUUUGCAGUGCUCACAACGCCAUCAUUAAAAGACUUCCAGAAGUUAUUCCAACUGCCCAUGUUGUUUCUGCUAAAGAUUUACCACCACAAGAUGAUAACCUCCACUUCUCUACUGAAUCUUACCGUAAGUUCGGUGCUCGUUACGCUGAUGUUAUGUAUGAACUUCUUACUAAGAAUGAAGAAACCGGAAAGGAAGAUGAAGAAGAAUGCUGGGCUACUCCAUUAGGUUACCCAUGUUGUCAAGAUGUUGCUGCUGUCCUUGAAACCGAUGAAGAUGGUGAAUGGGGUGCUGAAAACGGUGAAUGGUGUGGUAUUGUUAAGAACGAUUCAUCCUGCUGGGCCCAUGCCAUUGGUUACAAGUGCUGUAGUACCGAUAAGUGUAAGAAGGUCUACGAAGAAGAUGAAAGCG